GCUGAGCGCGCCAGGAUGAAGGAGGCGCAGGGCGGCGGGGCCCUGCCCGGCACCUCGCUGCAGCGGGCCUGCCGCCUGCUCGUCGUCUUCUGCGCCCUGCACCUCUCGGCCACGCUGCUCUACUACCUGGCGGGCAGCGGCGACCUGCGCCCGCCGCGCAGCCCCGAGCCGCCGCCGCGCAGCCCGGGGGCCGCCCGCGCCCAGCCCGGGCCGCCGCCGCCCAGCCCGGGCCCGGCCAACAGCUCCCGCGCCCCGCCCGGGCCGCUGCCGGACUGCCCCGACCCGUCGCCGCUGCUGGUUGGUGCACUGAAUGUGGAAUUUUCCCGGGCUGUGAAUCCUGAGGAAGCUGAGAGGAUAAACCCUAAAGUGAGAGAAGGAGGCCGAUAUGCUCCAGAAGACUGUAAAGCACUUCAGAAAGUAGCAAUCAUCAUACCAUUCAGGAAUCGUGAUGAGCAUCUGAAGUACUGGCUGUAUUAUCUCCACCCAAUCCUUCAAAGGCAACAGCUUGACUAUGGAGUGUAUGUUAUCAAUCAGGAUGGAGAAGAAACCUUUAAUCGUGCUAAACUUCUGAACAUAGGCUUCGAAGAAGCUUUGAAAGAAUAUGACUAUGAUUGCUUUGUAUUUAGUGACGUAGACCUAGUUCCAAUGGACGACAGGAACAUCUACAAGUGUUACAGCCAGCCACGGCACCUUUCUGUAUCGAUGGAUAAGUUUGGAUUUCGUUUACCGUACAAUCAGUAUUUCGGAGGUGUGUCUGCCUUAAGCAAGGAGCAAUUCCUAAAAAUCAAUGGAUUUCCUAAUAAUUACUGGGGCUGGGGUGGCGAAGAUGACGACAUUUAUAACCGGCUGUAUUUUAAAGGUAUGAGAAUAUCUCGCCCAGAUGCUGUAAUUGGGAAGUGCCGAAUGAUUCGCCAUGCAAGAGACCGUAAUAAUGAACCCAACCCACAGAGGUUUGACAGAAUUGCUCACACCAGAGAGACAAUGAAUUCUGAUGGCUUAAAUACGCUGUCAUACAAGGUAGUGAAAACUGAGAAAUACCCACUGUAUACCAAAAUCACAGUGGAUGUUGGCUCACCAAAAAACUAGUGUUGGAGAGGCAGAAGUGAAGACUUAGAAGCUACCAGGGAUAUCUGAUCCAUAGGAUUUUUAUAUGUACUGUUUGUACAGUCAGAAUGAACAAGAGAGCCUCAUUCAGCUAUGCAACGUUUUUCCCAGUCUCCUGGACAAGUGAGACUUUUUAAUCCCAAACGUGACUUUACACAACUUUCUAGCUCUACAGUAUUUUUGUAAGUUUAGAAACUGUAAAUAAGAGUUGUAAAUAUUUACAUUGCCCCAAAAUGCUGGACAUUAUGUAUCUGCUGCAGUGCUCCCCACAGAAAUAUUUUAUUCGAAUGUUGUUCUUCACAAACAAAUGAUGAAUCAGCAAGUACUACCCAUAUUAUUUCUUCCAUACGUUAAAUUAAGUAGACGAGAACACUGCUUUACAUUCUUUGCUGUUGUUACUUUAUGAAGGACUGGAAAAUGCUGCUAAAAUUAUACAAGUUUACACGUUGUGUUACAUUUUUUUUAAUGGAGGCAGUAUCAUUUAUUCUUGUCUAACAUCAUGCAAACCAAACAGUUGGUUCUUUAAUUUUAUGCAGAGCAAGUUUUGGAAAAAUUGCUCUUACAAAAUCUGUAAGAGCAACAGAUUUUAUUAUCUCAGAGGGGAUUUUAAUAACUUGAGUCCCAAUCCUCCAGUGAGUGCUAUAUAGACAGGACAUUUAGGCUUGGUGGGAGCUGCACAGGAGGGUAUAAAUAUUAUGCUUGGUGCAUGAAGUACUGUCUCCAGGUGACCUGCACGGAAGGAUGUCUCUUGUUAGAUAGAGCAGUGUAAGAUGCAUUCUAUUUUUUAAGAAAGGCAAUUUGGUUGUAAUUAUGGGCUGAAACUAUAGUCUUUUUUAAUUAAAAUUUACUGAAAUUAGUUUACUUUCAUAAGAGCUUAUCAUGCUAUUUAAAUACCAUAUAAACUUCACAAAAACAAAAUGCAUUUUUCUUAAUGUUACACAUAAAACUUGAAUUCACUGUUCCUUUUGUUUUGUGAUAUUUUAAGAUAACGUGAGGGAAAUUUGGUUUUUAAAAGAGACAUUUGUAUGUUAAUACCUUAAUUAAACUAGGAUGUAGCAUCAUUGUUAAACAAGGCUUAGAAAUAGCCUGUCCCCACAAUGACUGGUUCUUAUGUGCUUCAUGAUGAAUGAGCCAUGUAUUAAGUUUGUGCUUCACAUCUGGCCAUGAACUCUUCUGAACUCUUUAAUGCUUUAGGACUAACAGGACAGGAAAGAUCAGGCUUACUUCGCUGAUCUGAAGCCUACACUGAAAGUGUGUCUGUUAAGAUGUGAGAAAGUGUUCCAGGUCCAUACUCAUUUGUAACUUCUGCAGCCACUAAGGAAUGUACUCUUUCUUGUUCAUGGCAUUUUUAAACUGCAGAAGGGCGACAGUGCCAGCCUAUACACCUCGCCUUUCCCUUCAGCAUUAUGGCAUUUAGAGCAAGUCAGAAUUUCACAUCAAAGCACCGACAUCUCACCAGCGUUUGUGAAUUUUUUGCCACCUUUCAACCAGCUCAAUCUAAAAUGGCUUAUGCUAAUUGGGCCCGAUCCAAAACUCUCAGGAGUCAGUGGGAGGCUUAGCAGGAGCUCUGGAUCAGGCCUGUGGGGCUACUCCUGCAUCUAGGUGUGUUUACCCCUUGGAGAGUAGAAGUGGAGCUGAAGUCCCAUUUGUUUUAUGCAAGGAAGGAAGGGGCUGAUCUAAGAUUGGGGGCGGGGGGCUAUUUUAUUUAAAUGUGCUUUUUGGCCACUGGCUAUGGCUGAAGGCAUGGUCAGAAACCCCAGUAACCCCACAGGGUGCCUGGGGAGGUGCUUGCCUUUCAGUCUGGUUUGUAAGGGCUUGUCUACCGACCCAUUUGGUUUAGUUUAGACCUGUACACCUACCAACACAAGCUAAACCCAUGUGACAAUGUAUUUUUCUUUCUUCUUAUAAAGCUUUCUUUUUUAGA